UUCAAGGAAGACCGGGAAACUGCGCUUACACAGAGAGAUCCACAGCUACAUCGUCAGAUAGACAUACUAAUACUCCUCCGCACAAAUCUUUGAUACAGGAAAAACAAAGCUGCGGCGGACGUGAAAGGCACAGAGACUGAGCAGGAGCUGUGCACCAACAUGGCAGCUGAGAGUCUUGCUGAGCUCCGCGAUUGGCUCUUUCUGCUCCUCCUGUGCCUCACCUUAUUGGCUGAGGUGCUGGAACUGGCGGCAGCGGCAAUUGCCAUGGAGACGGGCGAGGGAGAUGAGGGCAUUGUUUGUCCCUCAGUGUGCCGCUGUGAUGAGGGUUUUGUCUACUGCAACGACCGUGGCCUCAGUAUAAUUCCUCCUCUACCAUUAAUGGCUGCCAUCCUCUACUUGCAGAGCAACCGUCUGAGUAACGCUGGGCUGCCUCCCUCACUGGAACGCAGCACUUCCAUACGAGUGAUUUACCUGUAUGCCAACCAGUUGGAUGAAUUCCCUAUACACCUCCCGCCUUCGUUACGGGAGCUCCAUUUACAGGAUAAUAAUAUACGAACGUUACCGAGAUCAGCUCUGGCCAAGUUACCAUUACUAGAACGUUUACACCUGGAUGAUAACUCUAUAUCCACAGUUAGCAUCCAGGAGCGAGCUUUUUCUGGGACCCCACGGCUUCGACUUCUGUUUCUGUCUCGAAACCACCUGUCAAGCAUUCCUGCAGGCCUGCCAGCAUCCCUGGAAGAGUUGCGACUGGAUGACAACAGAAUCAGCACCAUCCCCACACAUGCCUUCCGUGGGCUCUCCUCCCUGCGACGCUUGGUCCUGGAUGGGAACCUGUUAGCCAACACACGCAUUGCAGAUGACACAUUUUCUCGUCUCUCCAACCUGACUGAGUUGUCACUGGUCAGGAAUGCUCUGCAGUCUCCGCCAGUAAACCUACCUUCAGCUCACCUCGUGCGACUCCAUUUGCAAGACAACGGAAUGACUCACAUACCACGAGGCGCGCUGGAUGGGAUGCGGCGGCUACAGAGGCUGGACCUGUCAGGAAACAAUCUGACCAGUCUCCCACGAGGACUUCUGAAGGAUACAGAAAGCCUCGAGCUUCUACUGCUGCGAGGAAACCCUUGGUACUGUGGCUGCAACCUUCGCUGGCUCCAUGCCUGGCUGCACGGCCGGGGGGCAGCGGUGACAGUCAGGGGUCUGACUUGUCAGGGGCCUGAGCCUGUAAGGGGCCAGACCCUCAGAGACCUAACUUCCCUGAUGGAGCAGUGUGAAGGCCCCCCUGCUGGUCCCAGUACAGGAAUGGGGGUGAACCCAGUUGAAAAAGAUGGAGGGGGUGAUGAUGCUGUUGGAGGGGGCCAAGCAGUGGCUUCGGUCCCCCAUGGCAGCACCACCACUACCUCUCUGCUCGUCCCCACACAAGGUUCCCUCUUCACCCUGCGAGCCAAACGGCCUGGCCUUGUGAUGCCUCUGCCUCCCGGUCAAGGGGGACAGGUAUCUGGAGAGGCCCUGGAGCUGACUGUAAAACCUCUCUCUUCGGACAGUGUACUGGUGAGUUGGCUGUGCCCACAGCCGGCACCCUCCUUCCGCCUGUCAUGGCUGAGGUUGGGUAGUAGUGCAGCUUUUGGUUCCAUAACAGAGACUCUAGUACCUGGAGAGAGGAGGCAGUACCUCCUCACUCAGCUCACCCCACGUUCCCAUUACCUCAUCUGCUUGCUGCCAUUACGACAGGAGCCCUCCUUUGGGGGUUCCAGCAUGGGUUCAGCUCGAGCUAGCAGCAUGGACACGGACAGUAAAGACUCAGCACCGGCCUGUGCGCAGAUAGAGACUGGAGAGGCUCAGGUCAACACAGGAGGGGAGGGCUCAGAUAAAGAGGGACAGGACUCUGAACUAACAGCCCUGCCAUUGGCUGGGAUCAUAGGGGGUGCCACAGCAUUGGUAAGCCUGCUGUUAAUCUUUGGCAUCUUCUGCUGGUAUGGACAGAGAGCAGGUUACAUGUCCGGGGACUCAGGUUCGUACAGCAGGGGCCGGGGUGGAAAACAUUAUGAUGACUAUGUAGAGUCAGGCACCAAGAAAGACACUUCAAUCUUAGAGAUCAGGGCCCCCCCUGCAGGGUUUCAGAUGACAGCUAUGGCCCAUCAGCCUCUGCAGCCUAAGCUGGAGGAUGUCACCUACAUCCACACCAUUUUCCCCUCCUCUUCCUCUUCCUCCCAAGCCAACGGGACCUAUCGGAGCAGCCACGGAGCUGGCAGCCUCAAUGGCACCAUCCUCAGCCAAACCAGCCACCAUCAUGUCACUUACGGUACCAACCGUGGCUACAGAGAGGGUGGCAUCCCCGACAUAGAUUAUGCGUACACGUGA